GCGUGAGUCACAGAGGGCUGGAGCUUUAGCAGCAGUUUUUCAUCCCCCCUCUCACUCUCACUCUUACUUACUUAUCUUUCUCUCUUUCCUCUCUGCCUGUUAUUCCCCCAUCUGUUCCUCUCUACAGGUGCUAACCAUGGCGGAGAGGAUCGGAUACAUCACUCGCGUGCAGAGCUUCAGCGCGUGUCACCGGCUCCACAGGUAGUCUGCAUCCGCCGGUGAAAACAGACCGCUGUUUUUCAGCCUGUAUUUCCCGGAACUCAGCUGCUUUUCCUCCUUUCAUUUGUGGCGAUAAAAGCAUUAAUUUAGAUGCGCUACAACAGUGUGUAAAAGCGCUGUAAUGAUGAAAAAGACCGGAGCUUAAAAGCGAUAAAAAAACGUGUAGUAUUUAACCUCCAAAACACACAGAGCUGUGUGUUUGCCGUGUUACCGGGUUUGUUCACACGAGAAAUUAACAGAGCCGGCGGUGGUUGUGAUUUUGUUGUGGGAUAAGUAGUUAAAUGAAACUACAAAUAUCAUUAUUACGCAAGCUCCGGUGCUGCCUUCAUGUGCACUCGUAACAAAGAGAACAGACCCUGGGCUGCCCAUGUAACACUAAAAAGACAUGGUUACAUCAAAAGUCUGUAUUGCUUAUGUACUAACCUUACUAUUAAUCAAACUGACCCUUUGUUAUAAAAUAAUUUUUAACAAAAAAUCAGUUUUGAACAUCAUGAUAUGUAAUGAAAAAUCUCAAAAAAGACGGACUGUAAACUGUAAAACUUGCUCCAAUAAUGUUCUGGUGGGAUACUGUAAAGUGACUUUAAAGAAGCUGUAUUGAUAACUUUAAGUCUACAUCAGAAAAUAUAAAACAGUGGAAAACGGUGUGUCCAUGAUUUCCAAAAAAAAGUGUCAGAUUUUGAUCCUUAAGACCAUGUGACCUCUUCACCUCAGUCCAUCUUAAAUGAUUGAUUGUAAGACUGUUUCCUCUUUGCAUGGUAAUCUUUUAAGAGGGAUUUUAAGCCCCUGCAGGGGUUUCCACUACAGAAGCAUGUCUGUUAUAAUAUAGGACCAUUUGAGAGACUUAAGAUCACAACCACCCAGUAUUGGUUAUCAGCUUUUGUCAUCUUGUAUCAAGAUUCUUACAGAUUUGCUAAAUUCUUUUAAUGAUAUUCUGCACCGCAGAUCAUUAAAUCCCUUUUCCCCUCAUUUUUAACUCAAACGUUAUUCAGGACCUAUUCCCUCAUCUGGUCUCUUACUAAAUCAUUGACCUCUUUCCAUCUUUCCUCUGAAAGUCUGAGCCUCUCUUGGGUGCCCUUUUGAUACCAAGUCAUGUGACUAAACCAUUGCAAAUUAACUUGGUGUUUCCUCUUUGCAGUGUAUUGCAUUGCACAAUUUUCUUUUCUUUCCCAGCCUUUUUCUGAAACGUCUUGCUGGUAUCAGAUUAAAAAUGCGAUUUUAAAAAAUGCAGAUUAGAUAGUGGAUGUCAAUACUUAGUGUAAUUUUCUGAAACUGUGAGGUAAAUAUGAACCACAGUAGUGUCAGGAUGGGACUGUGAGGAGCUCUGAAUAACUUGCUCCAAAGGGCACAAUAAUCACGUGAAAGGGAUACAAGAUUUUUUUUCAGAUUUUGACAUCUCCAAUCUCCCUUAAAAAAUAUAUAUGAAUAAAUGUGAAGCUUACCAGCUAGUAGUACCAUGCUUUGUUCUUUUUUUGCUUAUGAUUUUUUUUGUCCCUUUCAAAACAGUUCAGGUUGGAUUUGGGAUGCAAAACAUGUGGCUAUAUUUUACAUUUUAAGUAGAUUAACAUAACUUCGGAGCAUGGCGACAGUGGAGGAGGCUUCUGGAAAGCUGAGGGGGGCUUUAAAGCCAUCAUCCUCUCUACUUCUUGGGAUCUGGCCUGUAAAGCAGGAUGCUGGGGGUGGAGCAUAGAGUUGUGACGUAGAAAAUCCCACUGUGUCUGAACCUGCUGUUUGGGUCUGCCAGAGGUUUACAACAAUUUGAAUGCAGAAAUACUAUAUUAUAUUUUUCUCAUGAUCUGUCCUCUAGCAUCUGAAAAAUGCCAUGUAAACAUAAAGACAAGAGAUUUUUAUCUGAGUGGGUCUGACAUGACAAAACAUUUCAGACAGUGACUGAAAAUAGGGUUUUUAAAGGUUCGUUAUUUUAUUGAGCUGUAGAGCUGCCACAAAGCUAACAAUAAGAUGAUGUGAAUACUGAAAAAGUGAUUAAUGUGCCCCUGUUUAAAUAUUUACACUUGUGAUAUUAAUACAGUUGACAAAAAUGGCAAAAGGCAUAAACUAAAAGUUGAGAAAAAAAGUUUGAUUUUAACAAACAACCAAAAUUUCCCACUGAUUACUCUGUUAUUGUUUCAUGAAGGAUUUGUACUCCUAUUUCCAAUGUCCUCAGAGUGUACCUGAAGGCAUCACGUGUCAAUAAACCCUUGGCACAGCCUCCAUGUUUGACUUGUGAAAUUUUUGUUCUUACACAUGAUAAAGACAAUCAGUGCAGCAGAUUUAACCUCAACUAAACCUGUUUCAGUCUUCACCUGAGUGAGGAGGAGAACAGGAGCGUGUAUGGAAAAUGCAACAAUCCACACGGUCACGGACACAACUAUAAAGGUUUGUUACACUUUCCAUUCAACCUAAAACACUGUGCUGUUGUUUUACCGUCCCACAUUUUCUCAUCACUCUUGUUUCUGUUCACAGUGGAGGUCACAGUGCAUGGAAAGGUGAGUAUCUAGAAAUGGAAUUUUGAGAUGUCUCACUGACAUUUGUGACCUUUUACUGAAGCCAAGUUAAGUCAUCUGAAGUGCAGUUUAUAGUCAAAAUGGAUAUUUUAGGGGUGUAUGUUGGCUAAACAUCUAAUUCUUGAAAUUUGAGAUAGCUAAAAAAAUAAAGACCUCAGUUUCAAAGAUCCAAGUUUUUACCAUUCAAACUUAAUUUGAAGUGUUCAGGUCUUAAUUUAGUAACGAAGAUAAUUUAAGGUGCCUAUUUGAAGUCCAGAGGUUUUUUUUUAACUCUUGAAUGAUUUGUUUUACCUUGUGUGUAACUUGUGUGACAACAGAAAUUUUACUCUGUUUUACUCCAAAUUUCCUUAUGUGUCAUAUCCAAAUAAUUCUGUAUCCUACAAAUUUGGCAAACUAUUUUCCAAUCAGACAAUACAGCAGACCAUGUUUUACACAAUGUCUACAGAAUUCCACCCACAGAAAAACUAUCAAUUUUACCCUCUAGAUACUAAAAAUCCAGAUUAGUGUAGCCCUACUAAGAAUAUAGUCUGUCUCAAAUUAAUGCAGUUCAUUAACUUCAGGUUUUACAUGUAAAUAAAUGUGAUCUGAAGGGUUAAUCAACACACGUAUUUAAGUUGAGUCAUGUGACCGAUGGAAACAUACUGUAUGUUAAACCUUGAUCCUGGUGUGUCCACAGAUCGACCCUGUCACUGGAAUGGUAAUGAACCUGACUGACCUGAAGAGAUGCAUUGAGGUGAGAGUCAACAGCUCAGAUGGUUCAGGGACUGAAUUACAGCUCAGUGUUCAGCUUUGACACAGACUUCAAUCCUUCAUGAAGUCAAAUACUGUUUAUUUACAUGUAAAGAUCAAUAAAAGGAGAUGACUGGGAUUUUGACAGUUUUCAUGUUGUGUUGCUUUCUUGAAUCCAUAUGAUGAGGUUGGUGGAGUUUUUCUGGGAUGAAGACCACAAUCACCCACCACUGUAAAGAUGGCUCUCAAUAUGUUUGAGGUUUUUGCUGUCAAAGUUAUGCAGAUAUCAAAAAUAUGAAGCAUUUGAAGCAAAAUAAUGGAUGAUUCUCUCCUGCAGGAAGUCAUCAUGGACCCCCUGGACCAUAAAAACCUGGAUAAAGACGUCCCGUACUUUGCAAAUAUUGUCAGGUGAGUUUCUGCUUCAACACCACCGACAACACAAGCUUGAUUUUGUCAACACUGACCACUUCUCCGUUCCCAUCCCUCUAUCAGCACGACAGAAAAUGUGGCUGUUUACAUCUGGGACCACAUGGUGAAGGUCCUUCCUCCAAACCUGCUCUACGAAAUCAAGAUCCAUGAGACGGAUAAAAACAUUGUUAUCUACAGGGGAGAGUAGAAGAUGUGUAAAAGUGCGGAUCAUUGGUUACUCAGACUGACUCAGUAUUAUGGAGGCUGAUGAUAAUAUUACACUGGCACUUUAUAGACCAAAGAUUUUUAUUUGUCUUGUAAAAGUGUGUUUUCUUCAAAGUUGCAAACAUGAUGCCGAAGGGGAUUCUUUAAAGCGCUCUGUAAACUCUGACUGUAAAGGUGCUACAAAAAUAAAAGCUGUCAUGACUAAAAUAUCAGA